UUGCCAUCUUGAGCAGAGGCAUCACAGCAACGUCUCCAUCGUCUCCAUCAACUCCCCACCACUUGGAAAUGGAUUAUCCUAUGGAAGGUCUUCCUAACAUUUCUGACUACGAUUAUUCAAACUUCACAGAAAUACCUCUCAGUGUAGAGAAGAGCAGCCUGAGUCCCAUCGUCUUGGUGGCCACUGUUCUCUAUGCCCUGGUGUUUCUAGUGGGCACACUGGGCAAUGGGGCUGUCAUCUGGGUGGUGGGAUUCCAGAUGCGGCGUACAGUGAGCUCAGUCUGGUUCCUUAACCUCUCGGUAGCAGACCUUCUCUGCUGCCUAUCUCUGCCUGUUCUGGCUGUGUCCCUCGGCUCCGAGAAUCGUUGGGUGCUGGGAGAUUUUGCCUGCAAGCUCUUGCCCUCUAUCAUCAUCCUCAACAUGUUUGCCAGCAUUCUGCUCCUGGCCCUGAUAAGCAUGGAUCGGUGCGCCCUUGUGGUGAAGCCCGUCUGGUGCCAGAAUCACCGUUCGACCCACUUAGCCUGGAAACUGUGUGGCGCGGCCUGGGUUUUUGCCACCUUCCUCACUCUGCCCUCCUUUGUGACCAGAAGAACACAAUACUACGAGCUUCAUCACCUGACGGUCUGUGUGGUCGACUAUGGCCUUUUUGGUGCAAAUCACCAAAUUGCUGAGGCCUCUGUGGCGGUCACGCGCUUCCUCACUGGCUUCCUGGUCCCUUCGGUAGCCCUCAGCCUCUUCUACGGGCUUCUGGUUCUGCGUGUGCGCAGCAGUCACUUUACACGCUCCAAGAGGACCCUGAAAAUGGUCCUGGUGGUCGUGGUAGGCUUUUUUGCCUGCUGGGCUCCUUAUCAUGCGAUUGGCCUGAUUCUGGCCAGUAAGACUCAGAGGAGCCCCCUCUUCCGUUCCCUGAACCGGCUGGACCCUCUGACUGUGGCUCUCGCCAGCACCAACAGCUGCAUCAACCCCAUCAUCUAUGUCAUUGCAGGCCAAGACUUCAAGGCUAAAAUCUGGCGCUCACUGAGUGCUGUGUUGCGCAACGUCCUGAAUGAGGAACCUUCAACAACCGUCUCCCAGGCCAGAGGCGCGGCUCAGGGCCCCUGCACCACCACGGAGGAUCACAGCACUAACACAACCGUGUAAGGCCGCUUCCUGAGCAAAGCCGCUGUGCUCUAGCUGUGCAGCUGCUCCCCUCUGGCUGAAAACAAAUUUACAGCAGCUCUCUCUGGCCAUUCUGUAUUAGUUUUGCUAUGCAGUGGGACCAACUGCCUAAGAUCCAGUAACUGUAGCUGACUCUCCAGACCACUUCCCCCUUAUUCAGUGAUAAAAGUAAAUAAGUGGACAGAAAUCUACCUAAACUUUCAUGUAUUGCUUCAGUAUGUCUGUCUGUGUGUGUGUAUCUGUGUACAAAUAUAAAAGUUAGGAAA